AUGUCUUCGAGACCCUACACAGAGAAGGGGCGGCGAAAUAAAAGAAGAAAACCAUCAAGAUCUCAGAGGGAAGCGUUUCAGCAGAAUUUGGAGUUUGAGGAGCAGGAGAUUCGGCCGAUCAGAGAUGUUCUCACCAAAGUACAACAGUCAUCACAAACGAAUUCGGGCCCCCUCAACAUUUCAGAGGGCAGAUGCUUUAAGCUUUGGUCCACUGACCAUAUAAAGUACUGCACUGCUGAGGUUGCCCCGACAAGAUAUAUCGAGUUUUACGAUCCUAAAUUUUAUCGAUUCAGCAACUGCCCAGAAGGUCAAGUUGAUGGUCACAUCUACGCAAUGUCUACCGAUAUGUGUGAUAUUGACCCAUUCGUUCCCCCUCAGGAUGCAGGCUUGGAGACCGUUCGCAUUGGUGGGAAUGAUGGCCUUCAUACUUUCUAUGCCCAGUUUUUGGACAAUCACCACUUGAUACUCCAGAUACCUAAGGAGUUAGUCUUUUACAGGCAGGAAACAGAUCCGACUUCGGGGGCGCCGGAUGUCUUUACCUACUACGGUAUCUGCGAAGCCUACGCGGAGAGCCGCAUGCUCGCAAAUCAUCGGCGAGAGGACCAGGCAGAGCGACGUCGUUCAGCAUCUCCCGCGUGA